AUGAAUCACUUCGCUCUGUCGGUCAUUGCCCUAGUCGCCGUUUUCGGCUCGGCCAUUGCCGAACACCCUGUGCUGCAGCACUACUACGUCCGCAAGAGCUUCGUCGAGGCUCAGGCAGAAUGUGCCGUGUACCUUCAGGUCCCCGAUGACCGUUUGCAACGCUACAUGCGCGAGGGAUACCCUGAUGAGCCGGAAGUGCGCUGUCUGGUCCUGUGCGUCCUCGAGAACCUGCGCGCCUGGAACGACCUCGAGGGUGGACUGCAGGAGCAUGUCCUUGCCAACUUCUUCGUGCCCGCCUCGGAGGACUGCGACUACGCCAAGCGCACCGAGAAGUGCCUGUUCUACCUGCCCAAGGAGUGCAACGGAGACAACUGCGUGGCAGCCUACCAGGCCUUCCAGUGCUACUACCAGAACUACGGCACGCUCACCCACUGCCCGGCCUACGUCCCGAGCUACAAGGAUGAAGAUCUUCAGGAGGCUCUCGACCUGUUCGACAUGUUGGACGUGUCCGAGGCGACUAUGCGCAAGCUCGCCGGAGGCUGCUUCCCGAGCUGUCCCGAGUCCGAGUGCUUCUUCCGUGCCUACGUUAUCCGCUACGGCGCCUACGACGAUGAGGAGGGUCCGCUGCUGAAGAACCUGUACACCCAGACGGCCGAGGAGGCCUUCAAGCCGGAGAACGCAGCUACCCAGGUGUGCUUGGCCAACCUGAAGAAGCUGGCCUGCAACAAGAGCAAGUGCGAACAGGCCACCGAGGUGUUCACUCAGUGCUUCGGUUCCACCAAGCUGUACAGCUACCUUAAGGGUGUCUUCAAGGUGGCUGCUACCCAGCGUCUGGCUUAA